AUGGCCUUUCAUUCACCUCUGGCCAAAUGCCGAGACGACAAUGUUGCUAUUGACGUCGAUCUGUACACCGCCUUAUGGAUGGUGUUACUGGCACGACGGCAUCUGGUUGUAUCGACAAUCGAGCCUGCAAAGACGGUGCACGAGAUCAAUUUGAUUUGUGGCCGGUUAUGGCGAUUUGAAAAGGACCACCAGAUAAGACAUUUCCGCGUGGAUGCUCGCGCCAAUUUUGCGACGAUCGAGCCACAUCUGCACGAGCAGGUCGUUCUCGCCGUUUUCACCGGCCUGGAACACACUUCGAGCGAGUUCCAGCACCAGUUGGCCCGGCUGGUCAGUACGACAAAACACCAGUUCAGCAUGGUGGCCGUGGUUGCCAACGAGAACAAGUGCGAGCACAGUCUCACACAGAGUCUGGGCAACCUCAUGUGGUUUCGCCAGGUGCACAAGGUGCACGAUUUACCCGAGGACAUUGCCGAGUCCGCGUUUGCUGCGCAGGAGCUUUUGGAGACCGACCGUGCGCGAGUCGGCCACGUGCAGGUGAUUCGUGAGAUCAAGAUCUACAUCUACGACAUCAUCGUGUUCACGAGGAUGCACCGCAUGGUGACUGGCGGACUGCCUACGCACACAAUUAAAGACAUUGAAUUUUUUGUUCAAGUUUACGCACUCAUCAACAACAUGGACUAUGUCACGCCCGGAAUGCGACCUGCGGCUGGUGAGACAGCUCGCGAACGUGUGGGACGCAGACCUGGUGGUGGAGGACGUGCUCAACAACGUCCAGCCGCCCGUCUAGGCAAACACGACUUUCCAGAACUUGAUGCUGGCGUCAGCACCGCCGCUCGCGAGCUCUGUAUCGCCCAGCCAGCUGACUCCGGCAACACCUUCCUUGUGAGCGUUGGGGAUCUUGAUGUUUCUGGCCGGCUUGGAAACAGAGUACACAAUCACGUUCGUGUCCAGAGACCCAGACACAACAUGGUCGUUAUCGGCGUUCCAUGCCAACGAGCUGAUCCUAGACGUGUGGAAAGCCCAUCUGGUGGUGACCAGCGACAGGUCUUCGAGGUUGUAGCAGUGGAUUUUCCCGUUCACGUCUCCGGCAGCCAGAUAUUUUCCGUUUGGAGAGAUUUGCAACGCGGAAGGCUUGCCACGCAGAGGAGGCAGCGACCCAACAGACUUGAACUGUUUAUCGUACACGUUGAGCGCGAACGAGGUCGAGUCGGCCAGCACGAUGUUAGUUUCCGAGACUGCAACGGAGCUUGGCACAAAGUCCAACGGGUGCUGUUUGAGCAGCUUACCCUCGCCGUCCAGCAGAACGAGCUCGUCCUCGGUGAUCACGACGGACAGGUCAGCGCGGGCGCUGAUCUGGAUUGGCUGUUUGGAAACGGAAGCUGCAGGGGACAGUUCGUGGCCGUCCAGCUUCUUGAUAGCGUCGUCCCAACCAGCAUCGAGCCCCCAUUCGAUGAUGCGUCCAUCGUAGCUUCCUGUGUAGAUGACGCCGUUGGCCGGCUUGGACACGGCGGUGAUGGACUUUUGGUGGCCGUACACAACGUUGACAGGAGCGUCCGACGAGUCCGAGAAGUAGUAGAGGUCUCCGCUCAAUGUGAGCCCAAUGACAUAGUCUGUUGUCUUUACGCACCCGACAAUUUGGUUUUCAAGGAUCGGGUCCAGUUGCCACACCUUGGAUGUUUCACCUUCCAAAUUGGUAAGUUUAAUAGAUGCGUCUGCAGAGCUGGUGAUGAACGAUUCAUUGUCGAUCCAGUCAAUGGAGAAGAUCCCUGCAGAGUGCACACCAUCAAGCUUGCGGAUAAAGUCGCCUGUCUUGCCGUCGUACACAACUAUGGCUCUAUCUGCCCCCACACUAAUGGCAUGAGCACCGUCUUUGCUGAACUUCACAUCCCGGACGAAAUUCGUGUGGUGUCCACGAACAGACUGUGCAAACUUGAAAGGCGGCCCUUGCAAAAACACAAGCCCUGCGUCAUCACUAACCGUCACAGCACGAUACGGUCUGCACGGCCGUAUGGCCACGGCAUUCACGGGAGCAGUAUGGCCCGAGAUCUCGCCAACACUGUUACCAGAGUCUGCAGUGAAACAAUGUCCAUACCGAUCACGGCCAUCUCCAACUGCAAUCACCCUGCUGGAGUCUGCGUCCCACGCAAUGUCGUUGAUCCGUCCACUUAUUAUCUGGUAAUCUCCCUUCACAAUCAGGUCUUCACCCACACAAUCCCACACCUUGACGUUUCCGCUCUCGUCUCCAGAGGCCACAUAAAACCCGGACGGCGAGAACUUGGCCACAGACGUGGUGUAGUUGUGGCCACCGAACUGGAUGCUCUGUUCAGGCUUCGAAACAGACCGGAUGUACACGUUUUUACCGCUCGCCUCGGGAGCACGCUCGCGAGCAACGUAUCGAUGGACGGUUUGGCCACAUCCGGCACAGACGGGCUGUCCUCGCGCUUGGGCUUUGGCUCUGGAACAAUCUCGAUCUCCAGCCGUUUGGCCAGCCGUUCGCACAGCUCGUCCACUUGGUCUGUGUCGACUCCAUCAAACGACGGAGCAAAGUCGGUCUCCUGGCCCACUGUUUGCUCCACGAGCGCUUUUAACGCUGCAGGGUCCUUGCUGGUGACCUCAAACAGCGUCUCGUAUCUCGUUUCCGCAACCUUGUACUCUGCCUUCCUCACCUGGCUCGCAUAA